ACCAGCAGCAGUCCAAACGUGAGAGUGAGCGAGAGUGUAGUACGACGAGAUAGGUAUCUGUCUUCGUGGAAGUCGUGUGGAUUUUUGAGCCACAAGCAGUGAAGUGAGUCGCAGUCACACAAACGGGAGAAGGAAGGCAUAGAAAAAAAAAUACUAAGCGCAGUGACGAAAAAGUGUACUUCUGGUCGGAAAUUGGCCAUUUUUCGGGGAAAUCUAGUGAUUCCAGUGCCUGUGGGGGAUUCCGGGAGCGCGAUCCGUUGGUCAAGUGUGCGUUGGAAUGGUGUUUGGGAACGGUUUGGGCCGAAAAGGAGCGUAAGGAGGAGCAUUGUAAAAGUCGAGCUCUUGGGGAGGAGGAGGAGUAGCAAAAAUGGAACAAGAAGCAGCAGUACCAGCAGACGUUGAGGGUCGUUGCCGUUUGUGCUUCUCGAUGGAGGAUCUCACCUGUUCCCUGUUCCAGCCCGGAGGCGAACCCAGUCGGGAGGUGAUCGACAUGAUACUAGAGUGCACCUCGAUACGGAUAACCUUGGCGGAAGACUACCCCUCGAAAGUGUGCGAAAAGUGCUUGGAGACGUUAGACAAGUUCCACCACUAUCGAAAGCGAUGUUUGCAGAACGAUAAAAUUUUGAAAUCUCAUCGCGGCAGCAAGGCCAAACUAGCUCAGGAACAGCGCCCUCCGGGUCCGGUGCAAGUCAAACAGGAACCGGAACAUCAAGAUGACUUUCAAGGCGUUGCAGAAGAUGAUGCUGCCCUUCCGGAACCCCCAGAACCGGAUCAGCACACGCAAGCAGUCAAACAAGAAGACCCCGGUGGUUGUUCAUCAAUCCUUCGCAGUAUCUUGCUGCAAAGUCGCGAAUCUGGUCGUGCAGCUUCGACGGCCUCGGCUGAACACGAUCAAGAACAAGACAAUCUCUCAGCCAUCGCUGCUCAUCCCAGCGAAGAUGAAGAUCACAAAGAUCUUGCCCCCAAGGAGGAACAAUCGCAACUUCCCCCGGCUCAAGCUUCCCUCCUGCAGCAGAUGCUACUCCAGCAGCAGGGUUUCCCAACUCGCGAAACACACUCCCCUGCACAUCCUGGCCCCAGCCACCUGGAAGCCUCUCCAUCCCUACUGAAACGAAUGCUCCUGGAAGGUGGUAGCGGUUCCAACCAGGAUCGGCAAUCCCCCCUGGAAGGACCCAGCACUCUAAAUCACAGACCGCCAACCCGAACGGAACAGCAGCAAGAACCACCACCAAUCAACCAUCAGCAACAUCAUCAUCAUGACGAAAACCACAACGAAGAACAUUCCGAGACACCGCUGGCGUCGCAGUUGCGGGCCAUUUUGCUGCAGCACCGCGCGGCAGCGGCAGCCGUCGCUGCUGCAGCUUCCACAUCGACGACAACGACGACAGUGUCCACCAACUCGACGUCCCAGCAUGAACAACAACAGCAGCAGCAGCAACAACAGCAAGCACAGCUGGAAAAGCCGGAAGUUUCCUACCUGAGGAGCCUCUUCAUGAGGAACGAUUCGGACGGUGGGAAUGAGGACAGCGAAGGCGAGCUGACGGUUGACCCGAACGAGCAAGCCAACCGGGAGAUGCUGCUCAGUAUGUUCCAGGAGCUGCAGGCGAGGAAUGAGCAAAACUCUGACGAUACGGAUGACUCCGAGGAUCGUGCCUUUGACUAUAGGAUUCCGAGCGUGCGGCGGCGCAGUUCGGAGUCGACAGAGUCUCGCAAACGCCGCCGUAUGGACUUUACCUGCCUGCUGUGCGGUCGGCCUUUCCUAAACCGGUCCAAACUGGUGCUCCAUAUGCGAACUCAUAUCGCACCUCCGGAAUCUACGCCACCGCCGCCGUCAACAGUGCCACCGACAUCGAUAGCGGCGCAGAACUCUAAUUCGGCUGCUGCAGCAGCUGCUGCGGCUGCCUUGGCUGCGGCCAGCGGCGGGCCAGUUGCAGCUGCAGCCGCCGUAGCUGCUGCCGCCGCCGCCGCUGCAGCUGCAGCGGCCGCAGUGCCACAAGCCGAUCAUGCAGCCGGUGCCGCCGCGGAAGAUGACGAAGAAAGUCGCCAAAUCGAACUGCUGGAGCGACGCUCGUAUGCAUGCUAUAUCUGCGGAGCCGAUCAGAACAAUUUACAACAGCUCAAGGAACACCUACUACUCGCCCACCAGGAUCGUAUCCGGUCUCGGGGUCGCGCCAAGGAGCGCCCAAAACCACUUAUCAACUGUAAUUUUUGUAGCCGCCAGUUCCGUAGUCAGUUUGCUUACGGGGAACAUCUGCGGACGCACACCGGAGAGCGACCCUUUCCGUGCGAUCAGUGUGAUAAGCGAUUCCCACGGCGCUUCCAGUUGCUAGGCCAUCUUUACAACGUCCACAAGCAGUCGUGGGUGGCGGACGAAUCGAAGGCAAAAUUCGUCAAAAAGUAACGGACGGCCGCGGUUCCGGUAGCAUGAGAGAGAUAUAGACGAAACGCGUCGCAAUGCGCGUAGACCACUCUAAUAGAAUGAUGAUGACACAGGAAAAAAUAGAUCUUUCGUCGACACCGGCAACGCCGACGAAGGACGGUAGUUUGUUGAUACAAUUCUUCCGUUUUAAUUUUUUAUUAUUUUUUUGAUACAUUUAUAACGAAUAAAAAAAUUAUACCUUUUAUUAUCUGUUGAAAAGUAUAGCAUACAAUUUUAUACGAAACAUUA